UCCCUGAGACCAGAAGAGAGAGCGCACCUCCUAGAAGAUCCGCACUCUCCUCAGACUAUGGGGCAGCCGGGUUGAGGCUUCCCAGACAGACCCUGCAGCAGCAGCAACAGUCGCAGCUGCUGCAAGAGCCCGCCAGCCACCCAGCGCGGAGACCCGCAGGCGGCCAGCGGCGCCUCUCGGAGGACGGACGCCCCGAACCUCGGUCAGCCAGCGACUUGCCCGCCUGCGCCCGCGGGACGCACGCGUGCCCCGCUCCCUCGCUAGUUCGCUCUGUCCUUGCAUCUACUGGCGGGGGAAAACGAUGUCUCCCCCCGGGGGGCUCGUGGGGCUUCUUCUCCUUUGUGAAGCUGCAUUGGGCCUUUAUUUUUCCCGGGACACUUACUCAGAAAAAAUCUAUAUCGACGAACCUGUUGGAACGCCCCUGCUCUACGUUCAUGCCUUACAGGAUGCCCAAGGGGAGGUGCCCCACUUCCGCCUGGGCCAGCACCUCUAUAGCAGCUACCGAUCACAGCCACACAAGAAUGACUGGUUCCAGAUCAAUGAAGACACAGGCCUUCUCUACCUCAACCAGAGUCUGGACCAAAGGGCCUUCGAGAAACUGAGCGCCCGAAGUGGAGGAUUUCCCUUGCUCACCAUCUACCUUCAGGUUUUCCUCUCACCCAGACCAUUCCGGGAAAGUGAUUGUCACUGGCCAAGCUGUGCCAAAGUGAUGCUGUCCAUCAUCAACACCACCAUGCCAGCCUGCAGCUCCCUGAAGCCCAGGGAGUUCUGCUUCCUGGAGACGGGCCUCUCAUUCCGCAUCAGGGAGAAUAAACCACCGGGCACUUUCCACCAGUUCCGUCUCCUUCCUGUGCAGCGUCUGUGCCCAAAUAUCAGCAUUUCCUACCAGCUGCUUAGAGAUGAAGACCUUCCCUUCCAUUCUGAUAAGGACACCAUGGAGGUCAGCAUGAGGCACUCUCUGGACCGGGAACAAAAGGAAAAGUAUGAGUUGGUUGCCAAGUGCACAGUUCGGGAAGGUUUGCGAGAAGAUAAUGUGAUGGUACCCUUUCCUGUGACUGUAUAUGAUGAGGACGAUUCACCUCCUAAUUUCCCCACCGGCAUCAACACAGCCAAUGCAGUUGUGGAAUACAAACGGAAAGAGGGUACAGUAUUGGCAGUGCUACAGGUCUUUGAUGCAGAUGUGGUACCAUCUUCUGGGGACAUCCCAAGAAAGUACAUACACACCAUGCUAACCAGUGACCCUCGGGUCAUUAAGUUCUUCCGGGUGGAGCACUUACCAAAUGAGACCUCUUACAACUCUAAUGGAAGCCGUGUGCGGGCAAUGAUGCACGACUACAAACUGGUACUCAACCAAAGUGUCCCUAUCACAGAGAACCAUUCUUUCCAGUUGGGAGUCCUGGUGAAUGACACUGACUUCCAGGGUCCUGGAGGGGUACUACAGCUCUAUUUUAAUGUGACCAUCCUGCCUGUCAGCAUACAGUUCCCAAACAUCUCCUACUCCUUCUCAGUAAAUCGAAACGCUCACCGAUAUGCACAGAUUGGAAAAGUUUGCAUUGAAAACUGCAAGGAGUUCCACGGAGUGAAUAUUACCUACAAACUACAAUCUCUCAGUGUUAACUGCAGUGCUCUAAGCAUCAUCACCUCCCCAGAAAGCACCACAGGGAAUCUGUUUGUGAAUGAUACCUCCAUGCUUCAAAGGCCAGAAUGCACAGGAAUGAAAUACGAUGUGUUUGCAACAGACAAACAGAGUAGGAAACAGUCCAAAACAACGCUUACUAUCUCUGUAGAAGGAAAUUUUUCCCCUGAGGAGGAGGGCUGUCCAAUUUCAUGUGCUGUGAACAAGAGACGUUUAGAGUGUGAAGAGUGUGGUGGCUUGGGCACUCUGAUGGGCACAUGCCAGUGGAGACAAGGAGAUGGCAAAGGAAUUUCCAAGAACUAUUCGACCUGCACGCCAAGCCUCAAGACUUGUCCUGAUGGCAGCUGUGAUGCCGUGGAAAGUCGAGAUCUUCAUAUCUGCCCUCAAGAUUGCAUACGGGGAGACGUUAUUGGUGGUCACGAGAAAGGGGAGUGGAGGGGAAUCAAGGCUGGAUAUGGAGUCUGCAACUGCUUCCCAGAAGAAAAGAAGUGUUUCUGUGAGCCCGAUGAUGACAAAGAACCGCUUUGUGAUGAAGUCUGCAGGAUGGUCAUUGCUGUUGCCAUCCUGUUCUCUUUCAUCUUCUCUGUGCUGCUCUCUUCCUACUUCAUCCGCCGCUACCAUAAGAACUCCCACAAGCCACCCAUUGCCUCUGCAGAGAUGACCUUCAGGAGACCUGCUCAGGCCUACCCCAUCAGCUAUUCUUCCUCCAAUGUUCGCCGGCCAUCCCUGGACUCCAUGGAGAACCAGGUCUCAGUGGAUGCCUUCAAAAUCCCUGAGGAUCCAAAGUGGGAAUUUCCUCGGAAGAAUUUGGUUCUUGGAAAAACCCUAGGAGAAGGAGAGUUUGGAAAGGUUGUCAAGGCAACAGCUUUCCGACUCAAAGGGAAAACCGGCUACACCACUGUGGCAGUGAAAAUGCUAAAAGAAAAUGCCUCUCCGAGUGAGCUCAAAGACUUGCUGUCAGAGUUUAACCUGUUAAAACAGGUCAACCACCCUCAUGUCAUUAAACUCUAUGGAGCCUGCAGUCAGGAUGGACCUCUCUACCUGAUUGUGGAGUAUGCCAAGUAUGGUUCUUUGCGGAGUUUCCUCCGGGAAAGUCGGAAGGUGGGACCCAGCUACAUGGGUGGUAAUGGCAAUCGGAAUUCUACCUACUUGGACAAUCCAGAUGAGAGGGCACUGACCAUGGGAGAUCUUAUUUCCUUCGCCUGGCAGAUUUCCCGAGGAAUGCAUUAUCUUGCAGAAAUGAAGCUGGUCCACCGUGAUUUAGCAGCUAGAAAUGUCUUGGUGGCUGAAGGACGCAAAAUGAAGAUUUCUGAUUUUGGCCUUUCCCGAGAUGUUUAUGAAGAGGACUCUUAUGUCAAAAGGAGCAAGGGCCGGAUUCCUGUAAAGUGGAUGGCGAUUGAGUCUCUUUUUGAUCAUAUCUACACGACCCAAAGUGAUGUGUGGUCAUUUGGCGUGCUUCUCUGGGAGAUUGUGACCCUAGGAGGAAACCCCUAUCCUGGUAUUCCUCCUGAACGUCUCUUCAACCUUCUAAAAACAGGCUAUCGAAUGGAGAGGCCUGAAAACUGCAGUGAAGAAAUGUACAAUCUGAUGUUGCACUGCUGGAAGCAGGAACCAGAUAAGAGGCCAAUAUUUGGGGAAAUCAGCAAAGACCUAGAGAAGAUGAUGGUGAAGAGUAGGGACUACUUGGAUCUUGCAGCUUCCACCCCAUCUGACUCCUUACUUUAUGACGAUGGCCUUUCAGAAGAGGAGACACCCCUCGUGGACUGUAAUAAUGCUCCCCUCCCUCGAACCCUCCCUUCCACAUGGAUUGAAAACAAACUCUAUGGCAUGUCAUACCCGAACUGGCCUGAGGAGAGUCCUGUCCCACUCACAAGAUUCGAUGGCACUAACUCUGUGUUUUCAAGAUAUGCAAAUGAUAGUGUAUAUGCUAACUGGAUGGUUUCACCCUCAGCGGCAAAAUUAAUGGACAAGUUUAAUAGUUAAAAUUUCUUUGUGAAAGGUAAUGGACUCACAAGGGGGAAGAAACAUACAAAGAAUGGAAAGUCCGCUGGCUUGUUCUUUGUGCAAUUUAAACUGGUUAAGCCACCGUUAAUUUUAGAACAGCAAACUCGUUUUUGGUAGUUUGUUUUAACUGCUUUCUUAAAUGGCUUUACUUAAGAUAACUGAUGGUUCCCCCCUCUUGGGAAACAUAUCAAACUGGAUGAGAAUUCUAGUUCCAGUAUUUUAUUAACUUGUUUUUUACUCCUCCCUCCCCUACUCAGCAGAAAGGUCCAGUUUGGUAUCUGAUCACUACCUAAUGAACACUUCAUGCUUACAAUUUUUCAGGUCAUUAAUUCACAGACAGGGGUGUUAGUAUAACAAUUGUUUUGCCUGAACCACUAAAAAAAUUUUUUUGGUUGCCUCGAAACAAGGCAACACGAGAAAAGCAUGAAGCACAAAAAAGUUCAUAAAAAUAGUUCCAAAUUAAUUGGACCUGUUUGAAAAUCAGAAGGUUAGCAAAAGCUUGAUGUUAUGAUGAAACCCUGUCAUGGGUUGAAGAGAGAGCAGGAAAUCUCAGUACAGAAUUAUCUCAACAUUUGAGAUCCUGAAAAUUUAUUUUACAAAGGUGUUAUCUUUUCUUAGCAAAAAAAAAAUUGUUUUUACCAGAUUUAAAACUAUUCUAACUUUUAGCACAAUGGAGAGAAGUUUGAUACCAGAUACACUAUAUAUAAAGACUGAUGUAAGUGAUGAGUGUUCACAAAACCACAACGUAUUUACCAUUACAUCCAUCUUACUAUUACAUUCUUCCAUAAUCAUAAUUCCUUCUAUGAGAAUAGUGUAGAAAACACAGAGUAUUUUCAACUGGAUAUGUUCCAGAGAUAUCUCUCAGUGAUUCUAGAUGGCAGAAGGGACCUUCUCAGCUUCCAAUCCCAUCGUACGCUUUCAGUACACGUCACUAUUAACAUAGCUUGGAGUAAAUUGUUCAUCUUGCAAGUUACGAGUAGCUUAGACUCACAUUCAGUUUAGUUUGUCCAACAGUUCUAUUAUCGGCUUCUUUCUAGAGGAGGCAUUCUAGCUAGUUAUGUUAGGAAUAGCAUUAACAAUGAAGAGUUGCUACAACUUGGAAUGGGAGAUGAUACAACUUCAAUAGAGUUCAGAGAAUGUUUUGGCUCUUAUAGAGCUUCCAUGAAAAGGUACACGAAUAGACUAUUUUUUCUUCUAUUUUGUAAUUUAAAGCUGCUGUAGCAAGAGUUUUUGUUCUCUUAAAGUAUUUGAACUCACAAGCAACUUGUUAUAUAAUUCAGUGUUCCUGAAUAGUCAUAUUUAUUCAAAACAUGGCUCAUGUGUUGUAGUUUAUGACUUGUAAGUCUCUGUGGGUAUUAUUUUGUUGUAAGCACCAUAUGUUACCAGUAUGCUCAUAUCUAUCAUUUCAUAAAGGAGAGUCGGGUUGCCAAAACACUGCCUGGUCUUUAGAUUUCAAGCACUGUGAUAGGUUUUAAAAUAGUUUUCAUAAGAAUACUGUAUUUUAUAAAAAAAAUUUCAAAAGA